UUCACUCCCAGGUUUACUGAUUUAUAGAUAAUAUUUAAUAAAUUUCAAGCAACCAGUAAAACAUAUUUGUAAACGUUUUGCGAUACAUCAGAAGUAAAGAUAUUUUGGAAAAUGGAAUUCAAGUCUGUCAUAACCAUGCUGAUGUUGUCCAUUGUUAUCGUCUGUGCUGUAUUGAUCACCAAUACAGAGGGAAGAAUUCUACCAGAUUUUGAGAAUGAACAACGAAGAUCAGGACUACGAGAAUAUUUGUUCGAUAAAAAAGCUUAUGGAUUUGGUUAUUCUUGCUCAGCUUCAGUUUGCUAUCAUUGUAGUGAUAUUAUAAUGUCUGGAAGAAGAAAACGAUUUGCCCCAGAGUCCGAUGAAGACAUUUUAAAUGGCAACUUCAGAUCAGGAAAUCGUCCAACAAGAGGUUUCGAACCACACGAAGAAAUAUCGGUGGAAGCAAGGGCCUUUCUAAACACGUGCGUUGCGUGUCGACCAACGUGUGGCUUCUAGUUCGAUUCGGUUUGAGAAAAAAAACUACCCGGAAUGUAAAAAAAAAAAUUGUUAUAUUUAUCUUACGAUUUCUUCAUAGUUCAGAGAGUGGAAGCACGAACAAUUUUACCCACUUUUACUUGAUAAAUGUAGGUCCAGAAGUGACGAUUUUCAUUUGACAAUUUUAGCAUCUUGCGAUUACUAAGUGUGUUUAUGAAUCUAUGUUUCAAAGCAGUUAAAAUAAUUUCACAUAUAUCAUGAUUCAACUGAACAACUGAUAUGUUUGGAAUGAAAACAAACUGCUAAAUUGAAUUCUAAAGCAACAUAGAAUUUGAACAUAGUCGGUUUUAAAACACGAAAAUUUUUUAUCCUUAGAUACAGAGUUCUACUGGAUUCUCACAGUUUCGCAUUCAUUAUCAGAUUAUCGUAAUUUCAUGAUUUCUCUGCCACAGCAUAAUCACACGGAAACAACUAAAGUAACAGACUCGUAAAAUAAAAAAUUCAAUCUCUCAAUAUAGAAUAUUUGUACCGUUUUAACUUGUUUGAAAUAAAUAUAUCAAAUGCAAUAGAGAA